AUGUUUAUUCUCAUAUUUAUCACCGUCGUCUUCGCCACCUUUUUGUACCGUCUUCUGUUCUCCGGCAACCGCCACUUUCUCCCUCUCCCUCCAGGCCCAAAGCCGUGGCCUAUUGUUGGGAACUUGCCUCAUUUGGGGCCUGUACCUCACCACUCCCUCGCGGCCUUGGCCCGCCAGUAUGGGCCUCUCAUGCACCUCCGCCUCGGCUUCGUUGACGUCGUCGUCGCCGCCUCCGCCUCCGUGGCGUCCCAGUUCCUGAAGACCCACGACACCAACUUCUCCAGCCGGCCGCCCAACUCUGGCGCCAAGCAUCUCGCUUAUAACUACCACGAUUUGGUGUUUGCGCCGUACGGUCCGCGCUGGCGGAUGUUGCGGAAGAUCAGCUCCGUCCAUUUGUUCUCCGGCAAGGCUUUGGAUGAUCUUCGACAUGUUCGCCAGGAGGAGAUAGCUGUGCUGGCGCAUGGCUUAGCAGGUGCCGGGUCAAAGACAGUGAACUUGGCUCAGCUGCUAAAUGUAUGCACGGUCAACGCCCUAGGGCGGGUGAUGGUGGGGAAGAGGCUGUUUGGUGACGGCAGCGGCAGCGGCGACGAGAAGGCGGACGAGUUCAAGGAGAUGGUUGUGGAGAUGAUGGUGUUGGCAGGAGUGUUCAACAUAGGUGACUUUAUCCCCGCCCUCGAGUGGCUGGACUUGCAGGGCGUGGCGGCGAAGAUGAAGAAGCUGCACAAGAGGUUUGAUGCCUUCUUGACCGCCAUUGUUGAAGAACACAAAAAGAGCAGCGGGGGGAAGCACGGGGACAUGUUGACUACUUUGCUCUCGCUCAAAGAGGAUGCUGACGGUGAGGGGGCCAAGCUCACAGACACUGAGAUUAAAGCUUUGCUUUUGAAUAUGUUCACAGCCGGUACUGACACGUCAUCAAGCACAGUGGAAUGGGCUAUAGCAGAACUCCUUCGCCACCCCAAUAUUCUGGCCCAAGUCCAACAAGAACUUGACCAAGUUGUGGGCCGAGACCGGCUUGUAACUGAACUGGACAUACCCAACUUGACCUACCUCCAGGCCGUGAUCAAGGAAACCUUCCGGCUCCACCCAUCCACCCCUCUUUCGUUGCCUCGCAUGGCAUCCGAAAGUUGCGAAAUUAACAGCUUCCACAUCCCAAAGGGCGCCACUCUCCUAGUCAAUGUAUGGGCCAUAUCACGUGACCCAGAGCAAUGGAAGGACCCACUUGUGUUCCGGCCCGAAAGGUUCCUACCGGGAGGGGAGAAGCCCCAUGUGGAUGUUAGGGGGAAUGAUUUUGAAGUGAUCCCAUUUGGUGCUGGGCGCAGAAUAUGUGCUGGGAUGAGCCUGGGCUUGCGUAUGGUCCAUCUAAUGGCUGCAACCCUGGUCCAUGCAUUUGACUGGACCUUGGCUGAUGGGCUAACCCCAGAGAAAUUGAACAUGGACGAAGCAUAUGGGCUCACUUUACAACGAGCCGCACCUCUAAUGGUGCACCCACGCACAAGGCUAGCCCCUCAUGCAUACAAAGCAUCAUCAUCUUGA